AUGCCAAGGCCACGGGAGAAGCUCGGUUGGUGGUCCUGGCUGCAGGGGUUGCGGACGAGGUACAGCAAGGUGCCCAACACCGUGACGGUGGACCAAUAUGUCCAGACAGGCGUUGUCACAGAGCGACCCAGGUGGUCUCCGUCUCGGGUGCUUCGACGGCCUCCGACUUCCUUAGAAGGAGAUUCUGCGAGCAAUGUGGACUUCAGAUCCCCAGAAUACCGUGCCCGGGUGACCGCAGCCAAGAUGAUGGGCACCCUGAAAGCGAAGGAGCCCUCCCAAGUGCACCUGGACCAGUCGCUCUACGGCUCGGCCUUCGUCCUGCCGCAGCUCGCGAGAUCCGCGGGCUGGCCGAAGGAGCUGACGGUGCUGGUGAUCAAGUCCUAUUUCUUGCUGCUUCUCAACUAUGUGGCGCAGUUUGCCAUUCUGUACAUGAUCGCAAAGGAAGAGAUGAUCUGGGAUCUCUUCUCCGGCCAAAUGUUCUUGUGUGACUUUGGUACAGAUUCUCCUUCUUGCCCGGAUGGGCCCAACUGCAUCGGCCCGGGCGGUACCGUCUUCACCUCCAUGAGGUACUACAGCUGGAACCAGUGGGUUUCCCGAACCUUUGCCAGAGACUCCAUGAGGGCGGUUUUCCCUGAGAAGGCUGCUGACAUCGGAAAGUAUGUGGAUCCUGGGGAGUACGGCGUGGAAAGUAAAAAUUGCCGCAUACUCUGCUGCAUGCUCUUUAUUGUCAGCGUGCUGGAUGACGUGAUUGGUACGUUCAACAUGGCCAGAGUUCUGAUAGACGUGCCCACGCGGGCGGACCUCUGGAUAGACUACGAGCCUCCCGGUGAGAGCUGGGCCAGCAAGGACCAUGCCAAGACCAUAGCCGGCAAGACUGAAAUCGACUUUGUGAAGCUGAAGAUCGCAGGAAUGCCCUUGUUCUGGAAGAUCGUGAACAUCGUCAUCAUCCUGCUGCCGAAGAUGAUCCUCUGGAAGGUCACCGCGCAAGCGGGGAUCUGCUUCCUCAUGGAGACCCAAGGCAUCGAGGAUGUGGUGGUCAACGCCGUGGGCCUUUCUUUCAUCCUCCAAAUCGAUGAGCUCCUGUGCUUGGAGCUUAUGCCCUGGUCGGCGGUCCAGAUCCUCCACAAGCUCGAGGUCCACCUUCUCGGGGAGAUCCAGGAAAUUGAAAGCCUGGAUCAUCUGUCGGACGAGGAGCUCUUUGCAAAGAACCAAGAGCAAAUCGACAACUCCUGGAGUGUCAACGACAUCUACGAGAUGAUCCCUGUCAAGAUGGUCGUGGCCAUUGCCAUUGCGUCGACUUUCAUCUACCACUACUACUACUUCCACUGCGUUCGCAACGAGGCUGGUGGCUCUGUCUCGCAUCCCAUGGCUCUGCCGAAGGGCACGGACUUGCCGCUGCUGAGCGCCUAUCUGCUGGAGUUUGUGGGUUUCGAGCACGAGGAUUCUGAGUUCUGGACGAUGCCCUCCGCGGCGAGGGCCAACAAAAUCGAAACAAUGGACGAGCAAAUGGCUUACGCCAUGGCGGAGUUCGGAGACUACGGCGAGUGCUUCGUCGCAGAGGAGCCAGAGGUCAGGACGAUCUCCAUGGAGGAGGUGGCGAAGCACAGCUCGCCGGAAGACUGCUGGGUCGUGCUCUAUGGACGGGUCUAUGACCUGACGAAGUUUGCACUGGGGCACGUGGGGGGCAGCAAGCUGAUCACCGACCUGGCGGGGAAGGAUGGCACCAACGUCUUCGAAGCCUCUCACGGCGAAAACGUGCUGAACAGCAUCCGCGGCGAGUGCUGCGUUGGCGAGGUGGAUGCAAGCACUGUCUUGGAAGAGCAUCGCGUGACGGCGACGCUGCGUGCGCGUAGCCACCUCCGGGAAACCGGCGUGAUGACGCGCCGUGCCGCGCCCGACAGCGACGGCACCAAGGCCACAGCGCGGACAGGUCCAAAGCUGGCUUUCCGCUUGGUGGACCGCGGCAAGGGUGCCGGGCUCGGACGUGCCAAGGCCGGGUGCGCCGGCGAGGAAGCGGCGGACGACGAGCAGCUGCGGAACCGACGAAGCUUCACCGUGGAGGAGCUGGCAGCUCUGGCUGCGCUGGCAGGUACGGGACUACAGGCCACGAAGGCGGCAGCCGCUGAUGGCCUGGGCAUUGCUGCAGCAUUGCGCGGGAACCCAGUGCAGCGUCUACCGCACUUGCUUAGGACUUUUCUGAGAGGCUGCCUUUUUCACCUGCGUGCGUGA